UGCCGCGGAGAAGAGCCUUGCCAUGUCCAGCCCAGCCCCGACGGGCAGCACCUCCUGGUCCUGCAGAAGAGCGGGCCGCCCCCCACGCCCCGGGUGGUGGCCUUCCAGCGCCACAGCAUCGCUGGAACCGACCUGGAGAGGAACUGGCAGCCGCCCCAGCCAGCCCUUGUGGGACUGCUCUUCCUGCAGAGCCCUGUGGUACUGGACUCCUGGGUACUGGCCAUGGUGUGGGAACACGGCCGGACCGAGGUCUGGCACUUUGUGGUGGCCGUGGGCUGGCAGCUGCUGCAGACACUGGAGCUCUGCCAGGGUGCCCGGGCACGAAUUGUCUCCGUGUGCAGCCAGGGAGCCAGCCUGGUGUGGUGUGAGGAGAGGCCCCCCCUGGGUGCCCACUCGGACAUGAGCAAGUGUGCCUUCAGAUUCUGUGUCUGUGCCCGUGCUCUGGAGGUGGGGGAGCAAGGUGUGAGGCUGGGCACCGUGAGGAUGGUCCUGCACAACAGCCCUGAGUACCAGGUCCUGGCCUCCCCUCAGCACAUCUUCCUGGUGCCUGCUGCUGCCAGCUUUGCCACCACUUCCAAAUUCCUCCUCAUCUGGCAUCCUGAGACAGCAAAGCUCACCAUCACAGCCCCCUCUGCAGGCUUCAUCCACAGCAAGGUGCUGCGCUCCAGCAGCGAGUCAGACUUCAGAAAACUCCUGCUGGGUUCUGUGGGCCUUCUCUCAGGUUUUACACCCCUGGACAUUCACACAUCUGCUGUGUCUAACAGUGGGGGUCUGCUGCUGGUGAGUACAAAGGGUGCUGUGAACAUGGUGGAGCCAGAUGGGACACAGAGGCAUGUCUUUGACCUGGAGGUGGGCUCCCUGGCCCAGGGGAGUCCUGUGCGGUUAAAGACCUUUGGCAGCAUCCUGGCCUGUGUGCUGGCUGGAGUCCUCUACCUUGUCGACCAGAACAGUGGAAGGCUCAUAGAAAAAGAAGUACUGAGCAUGAAAGAGGUGCAUUUCCUGGAGUCCUCAGGAGAGGAGGAUGGUAUCCAGCUCCUCACUCAAGCUGGCAUCUAUAGCUUUUGUUUCUCCAAACCUGAAGACAGCAGCAGACCUGAACCAUGCCUGGUGGAGAUGGUGUUUGAGGAGGCCUGCAGAUACUACCAGAGGAGAAGCCUCAGCAGCUCCAAGCUGACAGUGGAGAAGUUGAAGAAAGGUGGUGCAUUCCAGGCUCCUGUGGCCCUGGCUGCCAUCCUGCAGCACAGCCUCCACCAGAAACAGAAGCCAGCCCAAGGCCUACAAGACACUUAUGCCAAGCUGUUGAGCACAAUGAGCCUGGAGCUGCAGAGCUACAUGAGCCUGGAGCUCCUCAAGACCUGUGUGGUGUGUGCCCCAGAGAGUGAGGUGGAAAGCUACUGCAAGGAACUGGUGGAGCAGGAGGUCAGCCGCAUUCUGCACUCUGACAUGGACAAGGACAAUUUGGCCUACCUCAAUUCUGUCUUUGCCUCUUUCCCCAAGGCUGCCUGGAAGGCCACAAGGAACUGCCUGCAGCUGCAGCAGAAUGGGGACGGCCUCUUGGUAGCCAGGGCCACCCCAGAGGUGUGGAAGAAGGUUCUGGGAGGGCCACAGCUGGACGACAUGGGUCAGAAUGGGAUGGUCCCACUCUUUGAGCUCAUCUGCACUUCCUUCCUGAGAUUCAAACCCAAGUGGUUGCCCAGUUUUGUGGAGCUGACCCAGCAGUACAUUAGCACGUCUUGGGCAUACAGCAGCAAGGAGGGCCCAGAGGGCCGGGUGCCGCUGUACAAGAGAGCACUGGGAGUACUGGCCCGGAAGAACCAACACAGCGAGGGAGACAGUGAGAUGGAGCUGGAACUGCUGCUCUGCAGCAAGAGGCCUAAGGCUGUGUUGCAAGCUCUGCACCUUCUUAUCCGUCUGAAGCGGUGGCAGCGGGUGGUGGAGGUGGCAGAGAAGUUCUCCAAACUCAGCCCCUUGCUUAACAAGGAGAUAUUCACCACACUGCUGGCUGAGUUUGCCCAGCACCGGGAGCUGGACCCAUAUCUGGACAGGCUGUGGCCACUGUGCCCUGCUGAGCUCACUGCCUCAGACAUCCUCACCGUGGUCCUGCAGCACCUCCCUCACUCCCAGGAGGACCCGGUGCCUUUCUCCAGCGAGGGGAACCAGCUGACCGUGGGCUUGCUUAAGCCACUGCUGCAAAGGGUUGCGCAGCGUCCCAGUGUCCACGAGAUGUACUCGGAUGCCUUGCAGAGUCCCACCUUCCCCCCUCCUACCUUGCCCCGAGAGCACAAAGUCCCCUCAAAAGCAGCAGCCGAUGAUGUCCCUCAGCCACCGAUAGCAAGGACUUCCUCACCCUCAGCACUGGUACAGGAUGACAGUGUGUGAUGGGGGGAAGGACAACGUAUCCCAAGCCUUGGGUGCACGAGGAAGGGAAAGCCACAUGCACCCCAGGAAAUCCUACCCUGUGUGGCAGUAUGGAAGCCUGCUCCUUUCUGAAGCCUCCCUGUAGCAGCAUCUCGAAGAGCCUGUUGGGUGGCUGGGGUUGGGGGAUCUCCUCUGAGCCAGGACAGGCUUUCUGGCUAUUCCUAUCAAGUGCAAUUGUGUGUGCCCAGUGGAGGAGCAAAUGCCAGGUGCAUUUGCAGAUGAAAAUGCUGGUUGCACUACAGGACUACAGAACUGCUCCCUACCCAAAGCACUUUGUUUUCAGUUUGCUUGGCUCCUUUAUAUAUCCACUUCUACUUCCCUGAUCCUGUAGGACUGGUGGUGGAGUGAUGGGCAGGGACACACAGAGUCUUCCCUCCCCAUUCUCUGCUCAGUGAGUUGGGUGGUGCCUCUAAGUUGUGCCUGUGAGAAACGGGGCAUGUUUCUUGCAGUGGGGUCACCAAGUCCUGCUUCUUUGGGCUCAGUCAGAUGCUAAAUGCCAGUGUGGCACUGGAGGUCCCAGCACACGUGCUGGCAGCUGCAGCACACUGCACGCUGUCUCACCACAGUUCCUCUGGGAUCAAUCCUGUAGCUGUGACUGAUUGCAGCUACUUAGCUGAAGAGAGCAGCCUAAUUCCCUUAUCUCUCUAUCCCAGACAGUACCCAAACUCUCUUCUGAGCUGAGAAGCUGGCAGCAGCCUGAGUGAGCUUGGGGCUGGCCCUGCCUCUCCCUUUCCUUUAUGGAAGCUUAGAUUAUGCUGCAGGACACCCAGGCCCUCUGUUCCCAUCUCCUCUACCUUUGCCCUUUGCACACAAAGGGGCUUUGUCAGGGUUGUCUGGCUCAUAUUGUGCCUCUGUUUGCAAAGUCGGUGUAACUUGAGAGCAGUUGUGCAGGAAGAUCCAGGUUCCAGCCUCACUCUGAUACCCUCUGCCUGGCCCCCUCCACCAGGAGGGAGACUCUAGCUAUGGCUUUGCCCCUGCGUUCUGGGCUGUGGUGUAAAGGAGCUGUCUCUUGCCUUGUCGGGCUGGGGGAGAUUCACCUCCCAUUAAUCCUCUUGAGAGUGGUCUGAAGUGUGGAAGACAGACUCCUUUUAAAAAUAAAGGUUUCUAAAGCAGUGAUGAGGUGGUGGUGGAUGUUGUGAGGGUGCACACUCUCGGGAGGAAGGCAGUUGUGUUUUGCUUCUGGUGAAAAGUGGACAACCUCAGCUCACUGGUACUG